CAAUAUUAGCCGAUAUGGGUCGAUUACAAGAUGCCCUCGACAAAUUUCAUACUUGCAUCAAACUACAACCUGAUGAUCCUGAACCUUUAAAACAGGUAGCUAAAUGCCUAUUCCGCCAAGGACGCUAUCAGUUGUCCCGUGAGGCAUACUUGGAAGCUGAUAAGUUAUCGAAACAUCCUGAUCCUGAAAUAUAUUCAGCUCUUGCUGAAUGCGCGCAAAACCUUGGUGAAAUCGAACAUGGUGUGGAAUGGGCGAGGUCUGCAGUUCAAGCUGGUGGAGGAGAAAGAGCUGGGGCUUUGCUUGCUAAAUUACUUCUCGAAACAGGAAACCUAGAUGCGGCAUUAGUGGCUUAUGAAGAUGCUUUAAGUUCACAUGCAUGCGGUGCUGACACAUUAGCUGCGGCUGGCGCAUUACGUCUACGUGCUGGGGAUCCGAGACGAGCUUUCCAACUCCUUGGUGAAGCGUUAUCACAGCAACCGACACAGCACGCUGCAGCUCUCGCGUUGGCUGCAAUGAUGCUUCAGCACAAAGACGUAGACGCAGCACUGGCCAGACUCAAAUCUGCGUUGACUGCACAUCCCACGUGUGUAGCGGCACAUGCCAAUCUGGGCUUGGCGUUGUUGUCGAAGAAAAAGUAUGUUGCUGCAUUAACAUGUCUACAACGUGCUGUAUGCGCAGCUCCUCUCAGCGCAGGGGCUUCUCAUGAUCUUGGUUUCGUAUUACUGAUAUGCAAAAGACCAGCUUCAGCAUUAUACAGGCUUGCUGCAGCAGCUGCACUGCAACCAUCGCAGCCGUAUACCGUGCUCUUAAUAGCAAUAGCGUUGGAACGUUUGGAGGACUCUAGAACCGAUUCAGCAUACACUAGAGCAGUGGCCCUAGACCCUGAAGAUGCUUUGCUAAGACUGAAUUUAGCUGCAAGACAUGCGAGGGCGGGUCGAUUUAAUGACGCUAUAAAUGAAGCAAUUAUUACAGCUAAAUUACUUCAGCGUGAAAAUAAUGUUCAAUUGGCAAGUUCUUUAGCCCUUCUUAUGACGUCACUACGAGACGCUGGUGUAAAUUCAUCUGAGUUGUUUGAAGGGGGACCUCUAUCACCAAAUCAUAAUAGUGUUGCAGCAACCAAUACACCAGAAGAUGAAGAUUUUGCAGCAGAUGAAGUUUAACAUUAAUGUAUAACAAAAUUAUUUUAGUCCUUAAUAA